AUGGAGAAACCGCAGGCAACGGGAAGCAGCAAUGGCCCUACUACAUUCGAACGAGCAUUCUCGGCCCACCUUGCGUCCUUGCCGGACAAGAAAAACACGAAAAGAAUGAUAUUCGACGGCAUGAUGGCAUCCGGUCCGAUCAACGCCGAAGAAAUGCAGAAGUUCGUUGUGGCAACAGAGGAAAGGAUUGCAAAAAAGACGCCCAUGCGCAUCUUCAAUCGGAUAGUGAAGCCGAUGGUGGUCGCUAUGAAAGAGUACUAUGGCAUACUAGACACGAUGUGUCAGGCGAACCCGUCUCCGGCAGCUCUUGUUUGGGGUUCGCUGAAGAUCAUUGUCGAUUGUGCAGAUCGUUUUUCCAACCUGUUCGAAAUGAUUAAACAGCAGCUUCAAGAUUUGACGUUCCAUCUUGAGCGUAUCAACUACUUUGAUGAGCUCUAUAAGGACACCUCCAUGCAGAGCCUGCUCUGCCGGUCAUAUAUAAAUGUCCUCCGAUUCUGGGCCAGGGUACGGAAGGAGUGCGAACGGAACAUGCUCAACAUGUUCUUGAAAUCCGCUGGUCCGUUCAGCACAAAGAAAUUAGACUCUAUAGUGUCUGACCUGAAGAAGGACUCUGAAGAGAUCAGAGACCGGGCGGAUAUGCUUGAAAAAGGUCGAGCGCAGAUGGAGCGGAAUGCAAACGCCCACCACCUUCAUCUUUUCGACCGCGUGAAGCAGUGGCUGAGCGUCCGAAGUAUCUUCCAAGACAUCCUCGAAGCGAACCACCGCCGCCACAGCACUAAUAAAGCAAGCCAUGUAACCGGGACUUCAGAGUGGCUCUUCCAAACUUCCGAGUUUCUAGAGUGGUCUGGAAAAGGUCCUCAGUCCCCAAUCAUCUGGAUGAGUGGAGAUCCUGGCACGGGCAAGUCAAUUCUUUGCUCGCGAGUCAUCCAACACAUACAGGAUACAGAUCCGGCCGCUGCGAUCGCCUUCCACUUUUUCAGGUUCGACCAAGAAUGCUCUACGAUUGACUUAUUGCGAGUCAUGGCAGGCCAAUUGCUGGAGAGCCUCAGACAAUCCACCAAGGACGUACCAGACUCGAUGUUGUCUCUUACAGAAACCCUAGGCGCUUCCGUUCAAAAUGUGAUGGACAUGAUGAGAGCACUUACGUCUUCUCCAUCUCUUCCUAGAACAUUCCUAUUUAUUGAUGGGCUAGACGAAGAGCUCUCAGAACGACGGUGGAUAACAGCCCGAGAGACCCUGCUAUCGCUCAUCGCACUUGUCACAACGCAUCCUGGAAACUCCGUGAGACUAUGGCUGUCUAGUCAAGCACAUAACACGAUUCUGAAAACUAUGGAGGGGUAUCCGAGGAUCCAUCUAGUUGAUCAGAACGAAAGCGACAUUCGGCUCCUCUUCGAAAAAGGCAUGCGAGAAUUGGAGCAAGAAUUAGAUGACUAG